UAUACGAUGAUAAGCAAAAAAAAUUAUAACGUUUGUGCCUUUUGCUAAAUCGAAAAUCUAAUCAGUUUUGGUCACUCGAAAUGGUGAAAACAAAAAGAUAAACUUUGCAAAUGUCAAGUGGAAGAAUAAGAUAAACACAAAUUAGAUUAUACUUAGCAAUGAUGCAUUUAUCUUACAGUAUUAUAAGUAUGGUGCAAUAAACGUUUCAAACUCGAUUACCAAUAAAUAGUUGGUACUUGUAUAUUAUUGAUCUGGGAUUAUAAAGUCAUAUCUUCAUAUCUACAUGUCGGAUUUCGAUCAAUUAUUUUUUUCAGUGUACGUGUAAAUAAACUCGGCAUUCGUAAUUACCUUAAAGAACUUAUCGUCAUUGAGUGUACGUGCAGCGAUGUGUCUCGCAGUUUUAAAUUAGUAAACUAGAAAAUUGCAUUUCUACAACAAAAACAGUCGUUCAAAAUUCAAAUCGAAAAAGUAAUUCAGUGCAAAUUUUGUUAACGGUUAUUCAUCGAAUGGAUUAAUCAAAAACAUUGGUCAAUAGAUACUGAUCGUUAGCGAUAGACAGAAUCCGUAAAUUCUACAACAUCAGUGCGUGUUCUUCCAUCGGAUCAAAAUGUUAUCGAAAACGGUUAAUUUCAUUCGACGAAAUAGGAGCGCUCUAGAAGAGAGCAGUCGACGUUUCUUACCCACCCUGUCUUCAGAUAAAAUUACCUUACCACAACAUAAAACCCCACUGAAAGACCGAAUCCAACCGAUCCCGGUGCCCUUAUACGGGGGUCGUCACAUGGUCACCAUGUUACCAGGCGUCGGCGUCGGUCCCGAGCUGAUGAACUACGUGCGCGACAUUUUCUCUUUCGUCGGCGUCCCCGUGGACUUUGAGGUAAUAACAAUAGACCCUCGAGCCGAUAGGGACACCGAGGUUGAAAACAUAAUUUUGUCGAUCAAGCGGAACCGGGUGACCCUCAAGUCAAAUCUCAGCUCAGAUGAACAAGACAUGGAUCAACCCGAAAUAAACGUUAUCCUUAGAGGAAGACUGGACCUGUAUGUGAACGUUCUCCAUUGUAAGUCUUAUCCCGGUGUCCCGGCUAAACAUGAAAACGUGGAUCUGGUAGUGAUACGUCAAAACACCGAGGGCGAAUACGCCAUGCUCGAGCACGAAAAUCGCCGGGGGGUUGUUGAAAGUUUAAAAAUCAUCACGGAGAAGAACACCAGAAGAUUGGCCCGUUGGGCGUUUCAGUAUGCCAGGGAAAAUGGACGAAAGAAAAUUACCGUGGUCCAUAAAGCCAAUAUAUUAACAUUAUCUGAUGGCUUAUUUUUGCGAACGGUGCAGAAAGUGGCAAAGAAGUUUCCGGAAAUAGAACUGAACGAUCUACUGAUAGACAACUGUUGCAUGCGAUUGGUGAAGGAUCCCCAUCAGUUCGAUGUCCUUGUUAUGCCAAAUCUGUACGGAAUGAUUCUAUCUAACACGGUCUGCGGCAUGCUCGGGGGUCCUGGAUUGUACGCGGGACAAAAUUUCAGCGACAGCUACGGACUUUUCGAAACUGGUAUUCGCACUGCUGGAUUAAAGAUAGCAGAUAUUCGAAAAGGAUCAAAUUUUUUCAUAGAAAUAAACCAAGAUUGAUCCAAUGUAUAGGUACAAAAAUUGUUAAAAUGCCACAGAUAGUAAUGUUUUAUUUCGUAAUACCAGGACAGUAACAUUUCAACUAAAAAGGACCCUUAUCAAGUCGGGUCCUUUUGAAUUAACGAUAUGUUCAGACCACCGAGACCGAACUGUAUUUUUUCCGGAUUUCUAAACAACGACGUCGUGUUUCGUUUGCCAGGUAAAACGUAAACGUGAUUUACGGUUUGGAUAGAUAAAUUUUUUUUAUCCGUCAACACUUUUACGUUAAGUAAAUUUAACGGCCACGGUGAUUUGUGUUACUCGUCGCUUUCCUUUUCAGUUGAUUAAACUUUUUCCCGUGCGUAAAAGCCGCUUUCGGAAUGGUAAUAAAGUUCUAGUUUUAACGUCUUAAACGCACAAAAGAAAUUAAAACAUUUUAUGACUUUACGCGCGUUGGCAUUUUAUUGCUUUCGUUCGAUCGAUUUUAUUUACAAACGUUACGGUGACAAACCUUUAUCUCUUUAGAUUUCCCUCGUUGGUACAGCAUCAUGCUCCACGGCAUCUCCUAAAGCCCUAAAGUACAUCGAACUAAAUUAAACUACACCCAAGAAUUGUAGGUUACAUUGUUUUUAAACAUUUCCUUUUUUAGAGCAAUCUAAUAACAAUACUGAACACUUCAAUCUUGUAUCUUUCUUACUUUUCAAGAUAUUUAAAUUUCGAAAAAUGGGCAAAGCUAUAGUGUUAUUUCUAUAAUUUUAUGUGUUGAUUUAAAUCAUAGCAAUUUGAACUAUGUCAAACUAACACAACAAUGUUAUAUCUCUCAUUUCUAAAAUACGCUAUAAUUUGUCGUUAAUUUGCUAUCAAAACAAAAAAUUUGUCGCUCCAGCCGGUUACUAUUAAAUAGAUUAAAUACUAGCCUGGAAUAGCUGCCAUUACAAACAGAGUAUUUGUAGAUAUAGAAAUGGCAUAGAGAAAUGGCAUAAUUUGUCGCUGAAAGGUGGUACUCAUACCUAUUUUGUCACUAAUCUGUCCAACCAGCUGUCAACCAAAAAGCAACUGGAGAGCUACCAACGCGAUACUACACAUAGCGUACCUCGGCAUAGAAAUAGCCUUAAGAAAUACUGGAAGGGCAACUGAUUUGUCGCUAAUUUAUCACUGAAAGGGAUAUUUAUCAAUUUUGUCGACAGUCUGUACUCCACCUAUGCAGCGAGAAACGAUUAGAGAGCCGCCGAGGUGAUACUACACAUAGCCUUCCUCGAAAUACAAAUGUCUUAAGGAAAUACUAAAACGGCUACGAUUUGUCACUUAUUUGUCGCUGUACAUUUACCAAUUUUGUCUCUACUCCAGCUGUGCAGCGAGAAAUAACUGAAGCCCCCCAAAGUGGUACUACACAUAGCUUACCUCGAAAUGGAAAUGACUUUAAGAAAUACCGAAAGGGCUACGAUUUGUCACUUAUUUGCCGCUGUACAUUUACCAAUUUUGUCUCUACUCCAGCUGUGCAGCGAGAAAUAACUGGAGACCCGCCAUAGUGAUACUAGACAUAUCCUACCUCGAAAUAGAAAUGACUUUAAGAAAUACUGAAAGGACUACGAUUUGUCACUUAUUUGUCGCUGAAAGACGAUAUUUUUCCCCACUUUCCUCCAGCUAUCUUGCAAAAAACGACUGAAAAGUCAUUAAGAUGACACGAUACAUGGCGUAUCUAGAAAUGGUAAUGACAUACAGAAAUACUGCAAGGGCUACAAUUUGUCGCUGUAAGAGAUAGUUCUACACCAUUUAUAUUUUGUAUAGUACCACAUUAGUCUCUACAAUUGUUUUUCGCUGGACAGCUGAAGUGUAGAAUAUCGACAAAAUUAAUAAUAAUAUCAAUUAGCGAUAAAAUAUAGCC